CUCGGCGGUACAAGCGCUCACACCGGCUCCUGCACUCCGCAUGUGUCGGCUGUUAGCCGGUCCGGAGGAGGGCUGCAGGGACGGGACCGCAGCACCGGGACAAAAACAAAACCUCCAUGCUGGAUGGACUGAAGCAGCGACUGCUGGAACAAGAGAAAAACAACAUGAAGACAACCACCCUUCACCACCCAGGAUUUGCUUUCUCACAAAAUGUAGCAUUUUUGCUCCAUCCGUCACACUGCUUCAUCCAGACAGGCUGUGAGGAGGACGUUAUGGAGUGACUGCGAACAGAUGAAUCACAUAUGAGUGAUAGAUGAUGUAACAAUGAUUUGGGCUGAGUCGUCUAGCUGACCAUGGAGCUGAUUGGACCAACGGAGAGGCAGAAAGUGUUUUCUCUCAUACAUUCACUCUGCCAAUGACAAAACAAGUUACAAUCUCAGGCAGUGGAGAGGCAAUGACCUAAUUUAGAUUAAAUGACCUCAUACUGAUAAGUAGCCAGCCUCCGCACUGGGUGAUGGAACACAAUCACAAAUGGACUCUUAUCACUGUGGCUGGAGUGUGUGAGGUUACAUGAUACUUCUGUGUGUGGAUGUUUAACUCAGAGGAGUGAGUUUUGAUGCUACAUGAAGCGAUGUUGCGGCGAGGACUGCUAGCCUGGGUCUCCCGGGUUGGAGGCGUGCUGGUGCUCCUCUGCUGCUCCCUGUCGCUCCUCUAUGUGAUGACCUGCAGUCCGCCACUGUCCGUUGACCCACCGCUGAGCCAUGCUCUCCCCCGUGCUGGACCCAACCACCCCAGCCUGGGAGGCACAGGGCCGGGGAUCGGUGCAGGCACAGGUGGGACUGGAGGAGCCCGAGCUGCUCAAAACGGUGGACUCCCAGGUGUUCAGUCUUAUCAGGUGCUCCUCCAAGAGCGUGAGGAGGAGCAUCGCCUCCAAAUCUCCUCCUUGAAGAAGCAGAUAGCUCAGCUCAAAGAGGCUUUGCAGGAGUGUAGCCAGCAACUGAAAGGAGUGCAGGAGAGCCUGAAGAGAGCUGCUGGGGGCCCAGCAGAGGGACAGGAAGCUGGGGCCGGGUCACAGGGAGCGGGUCUCGGGGAGGCUCAUGGAUCAAAAAGCCAGCAGACGGACCUCCAGGAGUUCCUGCGGAGCCAGCUAUCAAAGGCCGAGGUGACCGCAGGCACCAGGCUGCCCAGCGAAUACGCGGUGGUGCCCUUUGAGAGCUUCACCCUGCAGCGGGUGUACCAGCUGGAGAUGGGGCUGACGCGUCACCCAGAGGAGAAGCCUGUAAGGAAGGACAAGAGAGAGGCGCUGGGGGAGGUGCUGGAGACGGCGCUGCACAGUCUCAACACGCCAUCAUCACAGCAAGACAGCAGGAGCGCAGCAGAAAAGACUAAAACAAGCAAAGUGUACACACCGUCCGACUUCAUCGAAGGUAUCACCCGAACAGAGAAGGACAAAGGGACGCUGUACGAGCUGACCUUCAGAGGAGAGUCCAGUAAUGAGUUCAGACGCCUGGUCCUCUUCCGUCCCUUUGGACCGCUGUUGAAGGUGAAAAACGAGAGGGUGGACACAGCCAACGUCCCCAUCAACAUCAUCGUCCCGCUGUCUAAACGCACAAACAAGUUCAAACACUUCAUGCAAAACUUCAGGGAAGUCUGUGUGCGUCAGGACGGCCGGGUCCAUCUGACUGUGGUGUAUUUUGGGAAAGAGCAGAUGAGCGAAGUCCGCAGCACUCUGGAGAACACAUCCAGGGAAGUUAAUUUUAAGAACUACACACUGCUGCAGCUGGAUGAGGAGUUUUCUCGAGGACGGGGUCUAGAUUUUGGGGCUCGAGCCUGGAAAGGAGGAAAUGUGCUGCUUUUCUUCUGUGACGUGGACAUCUACUUCACCGCUGACUUCCUCAGCUCCUGCCGACUCAACACGCAGCCCGGUAAAAAGGUGUUCUACCCGGUGUUAUUCAGCCAGUACAACCCCACUCUCAUCUACGGAGGUCCUGAACACGUCCCACCUGUGGAGCAACAGCUGGUAAUCAAGAAAGACACGGGGUUCUGGAGGGACUUCGGUUUCGGCAUGACCUGCCAGUACAGGUCUGACUUCCUCAACAUCGGAGGUUUUGACAUUGACAUUAAAGGCUGGGGCGGCGAGGAUGUCCACCUGUACAGGAAGUACCUCCACAGCCAGCUCCUGGUGGUCCGAGCGCCGUCACGAGGCUUGUUCCACCUGUGGCACGAGAAACACUGCGCUGACGAGCUCCCUCCGGACCAGUACCGCAUGUGCAUGCAGUCUAAGGCCAUGAACGAGGCGUCGCACGGCCAGCUGGGGAUGCUGUUCUUCAGGCACGAGAUUGAGGCUCACCUCCGUAAACAGAAACAACAGCAAAACCCCAAGAAGACAUGAAGACUUAGAGAUGGUGGGAUGAUAAUCACCGCAAUGACUGCAAUCAGUUGAAAUGACACGGAUGAUCAACUGAUCUGAACUCGAUCCGAUUUUACAGGAUUAGUUCAACAUUUUGGAAAAUAUGCAUAUUGGAUUUCUUGCCGAAAGUUAGAAAAGAGGAUGGAUACAACUCUCAUGUCUGGACAUGAGAGUACAUAAUAAAUCUAAAGCCAUAAGGUGAUAACAUUUGCUCAGCAUUGAGACUUGAAAAGCUGCCUACCUUAGACAUUAUAUCUCUAAGCCAUACAAAAAGAGAAGAUUUAUGGUGUGUUCAUACCAGACGCGAAGCAAAUUAUUCCCGCACAUGAUGACAUGCAAAGUCAUUGCAUUCACAUGACACUAAUAACGCAAAUACCCAAUUUUCGCCUCUUCACGACUUAAAAAUGUUCAACUUAAGUGAGAAAUUUUUGUGACGAAGUCUCGUGAAAGCCUAUUUCACACUGAGAUUCUUCUGGAUAGCAUAGGCCGAAUUCCAAUCAGAAAACAAGCGUUUAAAAGUUGUUUGCUUGUUGUCUUGCAGAGAGACCUGACAAAGCAUGACUUUAUACUUUUUACACAUCAGCAUUAUGAUGUUGUCAUUUUCAAAUACUUUUUAUACGUUAAUUGUGGUUAAGUCGCAGCAAAAUCUGAUUAUUUUGCAUUCAAACUCACGUGGAAGCUUCAUACAGUCAUCCAGACGCAGUGAAACUCAUCAAGGUGUGUGCACCUUCAGAUGAUGUUAUCAACCCACACACCAUUGAAUUAGGUUUCCAACAUAUUCGGGACUUUAGCAGCAAUAGUGGUUCAGUCAGCUACAGUUGAUGACAAUUAGAAAUUUAGUUGUUGCUUACACCAGAAUGCCUUGUGCGAGUAUUUACGCGUUGUGUCACGAAGUAUCACGAGGCAAAAAUUAUAUCUGGUGUGGAUAGGAGCAUAGAAAAUGCAAAUUUUGGCAUAAUGGGUGGUGUGAAUUUGACUAUUUCUUGAAAGUAUGGUGAAGAAAUAGAAUGAUAUUGGAGUGAGCCAUGCUGGUUGUUUCCCUCUGUUUCCAGUCUUUAUGCUAAGCUAAGCUAACUGUCUCCUGGCUGUAGCUUCCUAUUUAUCAGUCAAAUAUAAAAGUUGUAUCAAUCCUUUCAUCUAACAUGCAGCAAGAGCGUGAAUAGGUUAAUUUCCCAGAAUGUUAAACUACUCCUUCAAUGGAAAAUGUGAAGACUCCUUUAUUUGCUGAGGAAACAGAGCACUUUGUUGCUCUGAAAAGGACAAAAUACAUUAAGAUGAAAUCACACUGCCUGGAGGAUUCAUCAGCACAACUGGAGUUGGACAGCAGACCUCCUGUCUCAAACAUUCAUUUUUAAUUUAAUGUUUCUUUGUUUUUUCCUCUGUAACUGCAGCAAGGCCAUACAGAAAGAACACACAGCACCUAAUAAUAAUAAUAAUAACCUACAUUUGAAAGUGUUUCUGAAUCGUGUGCCUUCUGUUAAUAAAACCUGAACACGCGUCUGUUCAGGGCGGCCAGUGAGAAGUGAACAUUGAAGUGUUUAGGUGUAGGGAAACAGCGCCACCUGGUGGACUGAAGGUGAGCAACAUGUCGGUGGAUGAAGGACUCAUUUAAAGCCUACAAUGGCCUUGUAAAACAUACUAUUUUUUAUAAAUUGUUCAUUCUUUUAUUUAUGUUUGCUAUUAUUUUUGUAAAUGCCAUGAUGGAUAAGGAUUGUUAUUUUAGUAUCAUAGGUGGGCCAUUCACAGCUAUAAUAAAUGGUGCUGGGUUCAAUGAAUGAUAGUACCUAAAGGUUUUUGCCAGCAAAAUAAUAUUUUUUCUCAAUAAGACUUCUAAAUAUGGGACAUAUGUUUUUAUGCCCAAAAUGUAACUUAAGACAAGUUUAUUUUUUAAAUGUUUCAUUUAAGGAAUAAAACCUAAUGUAGACUAAUUUGUGCUCUUUGUCCCAUCCAUGGACACGUAAUGGAUAAAGAAAAAGGAGUAUUAUGUGACAGUACACUGUUCUGACAUAGACGAUGACUUUGCAAGUCAGAAUUAGACUUAAAACUUAAUAUUUUGGUUUCUGUCAAUCAAAAUACAUGACAUGUAUUACUGAGCAGUGACAGAAACUGAAGACGUUGUAAGUUAAGAGAUGUAACUGCCUUGAUUGUUUCGGUAUAUGUGUUUUAAUAGCUGUACUUUUGGUGGAUGACCAAAGAUGUGAAGAGAGGCACUUUUUGAAACAUGUUUUCAUUGUUUUUCAUUUGAAACAUUUAUUGUAAAAUAAAUACAUGGAAUGACUUUGAAAUGUAAAUUUCAAGUUAUUUUUUCACUUCAUGUAAAUGAGUUGAAUAAAACAUAUUUGUGCA